AUGUGGCGGCGGGCGGCGGCGGCGGCGGGACGGGGGCUGCGGGGGCCGCCGGGGCGGCGGUGGCGGAGCGGGGCGGGCAGCCCCGAGCGCGCCGCUCCCGAGCGGGCCCCGAGGAUCUACACGAGGACGGGAGACUCAGGAUUCUCCAGCACCUUCACCGGGGAGCGGCGGCCGAAGGGCGACCGGAUCUUCGAGGCCCUCGGAGCCACGGACGAGCUGAGCUCGGCCAUCGGGCUGGCUGGUGAGUUCAGCAGUGAAAAGGGCCACACGUUUGUUGAUCAACUUCAUAAAAGCUCCAGGUUUGAAACUGGGACACAAACCAGCCACGAGGGCACAGCAGUGACACAGGCCCUGCCUGGGCAGCCUGUGCAGUGCAUGCUGCAGGAUGUGGGCUCCAACCUCGCCACGCCGCUCUCCUCGGCCAGGGAGGCUCACCGGAAACGGACGUCGUUCAGCGAGAGGCCUGUCCUGGAGCUGGAGCAGUGGAUUGACAGUUACUCAGAGCAGCUCCCUCCCCUCAGAGCCUUCAUCCUGCCCUCUGGAGGCAGGAGCAGUGCUGCUCUCCACUUCUCCCGAGCCGUGUGCCGCAGGGCUGAGAGGUGUGUGGUCCCUUUAGUCCAAGCAGGGGAAGCAGAUCCAAACGUGGCCAAGUAUUUAAACAGGCUCAGUGAUUAUCUCUUUGUCCUGGCACGUUAUGCUGCAAUGAAGGAAGGGAAGGAAGAGAAAAUCUACAUAAAACCUGAGCCCUAGUUGGGAGCUGGAAUGUUUUUUCCUUGAUCAUGGAAAACUAAAUCCAGUUGACUGUUUUUGUCCAUCAAGGGAGGGAGAAAGAACAAGCCUGGACUGGAAAUGGGAGCUGCCAAGGAUUUCCAUGUGAAAUAACCAGGACCUUGUUGAUAAAUCCUGAGAGGAACAGAAUCACAGAAUAUCCUGAGUUGGAAGGGACCCAAACCCUGUUCUGUUCCCUGGGCCUGGCCCACACAUCCCAUUUGUGGAUAGAUCUGGAGUCACUGCUUCUCCCAGGUGGGAGUUGAGGCAGGAGAAUUCCAUAACAUUUUGGAGAUGCCUUCAUUUCCCUGGGCAGCAGCAGGUGCUGUGGGAAGGCUCUGACAGGACUCUGAGGGAUGAUGAAGGGAAAACAAUCAGCUCCUCCUUUGAAGUCACAGUGCUCGUAUGGAGCAGCAGCUGGAGGCGUUUGGGAAUUGUGUCCACAGCUCUGAAAUAAUAAAUGUGAAUUUCCUUGUACCAAAGGACCACAAACUGUCACAUUUUAACACUGAGCCCUGUGUGCUUUGCUGCUCCAAGUCCCUUCCAAUCCAUCAGCUCUGGCUGGAGCUGAGCUGUACAGAUUUACAGGAAUGCACCAAGAAUUCCUUGGCUCUGUCUGGCUCUCGUUGUGCAUGUGAGGAAUGUCUCUGUGCUGACAAUCCAGUGCAUCCUCUGCCAGGAACGGGGCUCACAGGAUGGAGGGGGUGAAGCAGGAAAGGCCAAAUCCCUGGGUCUGUGUGCUGGGGUUGUCUCCAUGUGGAGCUGUCCCUUGGAAUGGUGGGACCAGCUGCCCUUCCAGCUGCAGGAACAGCUGGAGGAGCAAAGCCCAGGGUUUGGGAGCACCCAGGGCACUGAGGCUGCAGGAAAAGGGGUUGGGGUGAGGAGCAGGGCCCUGCUGGAGCUGGGUGAGAGGGGCAGCACCCCGAGGGUUCCUCCCAGGCUGUCUCUGCUGACCCUGGAACGUUGCUCCACAGAGCCCUCAGCAGAGCAGGCUGGAGAGAGCUGACACCCACAUCACACACAGUUCCAGCUUUGCACUCAUGUCCAAGCUGCUUCCAGCUUGGAAAUACAACUGGGAAGAGCCCAUGUGAAGCCUGCUGGUGUAAUUUUUUCCCCCUGGGAAUGCUGUGGGCUGCGAGGUGAUGAUUCCCAUCUGGGGCUUGUCCUGCUUUUAGUGGGGCAGCUUUUAAAUCCAUCCUGCCCCUUCUCCUGUACAAUUAUUUGAGUAGAACUAACCUUAAACUUGUUUUCCAAAGAAUCUCUGGCUCUGUGUCCCUUUUUGGCCAGUGAGAAUUGCCCAGGAAUGAGUGAGGAGUGCCCAGCACUAACAGAUCCCGUGUCUCAUCACUCACCUGGGUUUGAGGCAGAUAUUUCAUGCCUCUUGUUAAUGCACAUUUUUCAUGGAGUAAUUUUCCAAGCCUCAGCCUGGAACACAUCCUGGUGACAAAUGCUGUGGAUUUGGAUGGUCCCAUCAGCUGCAGUGUCACCUCAGCCAUUCCCUCUGCCUGCUCCAUCCUGUUUUACGAGAGCUCUGGCUCUGAGACUGAACCUCAGGAAUCAAGAGGCUUUUCAAGUUUAAUUUAAUAAAAUCCUUUGCAAUAUAAAUUCUUCAUGAAUGCUCCAUAAAUCAGCUUGGGGAGGGAUUUAUAGUAUUUUCCUUUUUUUUUUCCAGCUGGGGGGAAGAAAUCUCACUACUGUUUUGGGACCAAAGCUGGCAUUGUUUGGAUUGCAAGGAGAAAUAAAUCAAGCUACUACACUUAA